AAUGUGCUUGCAGUUAGAAAUCCGACGGAUUACUCCAACAGCAACACGGACAAGUGGAAGCGGUGUAUCUACAUAUAAAAUGACGACAGCCAUUGAAUUCAUACGACGCCUUAACUGGCAGCCCACGCAGUCAGUCUAGAGCAUAGGUGGGCAGCUAUGAUAUUACAGAGUCUUCUACUUCUGCUCCUUACGGCCAUUGCGCCUGUCUUUGCCGAAACUGGCAUUGACGCCUGGCUGCGAUAUGCUCCGCUUCCAAGUUCUGUUACAAGAGGCCAUCUCAAUUCCUUCCCGAACCAUAUCGUUGCCCUCAACGCCGCCAAAAAUGGGCCUUUAUCAAGUGCUGCAUCAGAGCUACAAAAGGGCAUCAAAGGCAUUCUCGGCCUCAGUCUAGGUGUCAGCUCAAGCCAAAAGAGCUGUUCUGCCCAAAAGACCAUUAUUGUUUCUACUCUCGCUUCUUACAAAUCAGCUUGCGGCAAGCUUACGCCAAAGUUGGAUCUAAUAGAAGAUGGAUACUGGCUGAGUACCAAGGGCGAAUCGGUACAAAUCAUCGGCCAGAAUGAGAGGGGCGCCCUUUACGGUGCUUUCCAGUACCUGUCUUUGCUUGGGCAGGGUAACUUUUCUGAAGUCGCCUUCGCCUCAAACCCAAGCGCACCGAUUCGAUGGUCCAACCAAUGGGACAAUCUCAAUGCUGGAACCGCAGCUCAUGGCAGCAUCGAGAGAGGCUACGGCGGUGUUUCAAUCUUCUUUGAGAACGGAUAUGUCAAGGAGGAUCUUUCUCGAGUUCCGCUCUAUGGUCGUUUGUUGGCUUCUGUUGGCCUAAAUGGCAUCGUUAUCAACAACGUCAAUGCCGAUGCGACUCUUCUCAACGAGACGAACUUGGAGGGUGUCAAAAGAAUCGCUGAUUUGUUCCGGCCAUGGGGAGUCCAAGUUGGAAUUUCACUCAACUUUGCUUCGCCACAGGUUCUAGGAGAUUUGGACACAUUCGAUCCACUGGACGAGACUGUCAUCAAAUGGUGGACUGAUAAAUCCAAUAGAAUCUAUGAACUUGUUCCCGAUUUUGCGGGUUACCUAGUCAAGGCCAACUCAGAGGGUCAGCCAGGGCCGUUGACAUAUAACCGCACAUUGUCUCAGGGCGCCAAUCUCUUUGCUAAGGCUAUUGAGCCGCAUGGUGGUAUUGUCGUAUUCCGAGCUUUUGUCUAUGACCAGCUAAAUGAGAGCGAUUGGAGGGCCGAUCGAGCCAAUGCUGCUGUCGAGUUCUUCAAAGAUCUAGAUGGACAGUUCGACAGCAACGUUCUAGUCCAGAUCAAAUUCGGUCCUAUAGAUUUCCAAGUCAGAGAGCCCCCCUCUCCUCUCUUUGUCAAUAUACCCAAGACAGCGGUGUCAAUAGAGCUUGAAGUCACUCAAGAGUACCUGGGUCAGCAGUGCCAUCUGGUCUAUCUCCCACCGUUGUGGCAGACCAUCCUGGGUUUUGAUAUGCGAUACAAUGGCCGGCAAUCUUAUAUACGCGAUAUUGUUACUGGAAAGACAUUCAACCACAAACUUAGCGGCUAUGCUGGAGUUAUCAACGUCGGCAUGGAUGAUACGUGGAUCGGUAGUCACUUGGCAAUGUCCAACAUGUUCGCUUUUGGCCGCCUAGCAUGGAACCCUCAGGCAGACUCUCAAGAUAUAGUUGAGGAAUGGACUCGUCUAACGUUUGGUGUAAGCCGGGAUGUUGUUUCAGCCAUUGUGAGCAUGUCCAUGAAGUCAUGGCCGGCGUAUGAAGACUACAGUGGCAACCUCGGCAUUCAGACUCUUACCGAUAUUUUGUACACUCAUUAUGGCGCAAAUCCGGCCUCUCAGGACAACAAUGGCUGGGGCCAAUGGACGCGAGCCGAUAGCAAAACCAUUGGUAUGGACCGCACCGUAUCGAAUGGUACAGGAAAUGCCGGCCAAUACGCCAAAGAAGUUGCUCAUAUGUUUGAGUAUACUCAAACCACGCCAGACGAUCUGAUGCUAUGGUUCCACCACGUGCCUUAUACUUUCAAGCUACACUCUGGUAAGACUGUCAUCCAGCAUUUCUAUGAUGCUCAUUACUCUGGUUCUGCAACGGCGCAAACUUUCCCAACUACUUGGAAGUCUCUUCAAGGCCAAAUAGAUGCGGAGAGGUAUGAAGACGUCUUGUACAGACUAAAGUACCAGGCUGGCCACUCUUUGGUAUGGCGUGAUGCCAUCAGCGAGUUCUACCGCAAUCUUUCUAGUAUUCCAGAUCAACUAAAUCGUGUUCGAAAUCACCCUCACCGCAUCGAAGCCGAAGAAAUGGACCUCUCAGAUUUUACGAUAGUUGAUGUUGAUCCUACUGAAUGUGCUUCCAAGUACAAAGCAAUCGCGACGAAUGGAACUGGUAUAGCCACUACAAAAUUAAAUGUUCCAAGCGGAAAGUACAAUGUUGCCAUCAACUAUUACGACGUGAUGGGUGGGAUCGCCAAUUACGAAGUGCUACUUAAUGGCAAAUCCCUUGGGACUUGGAAAGGCGAUUCAGAGAACUAUCUUGGCCAUGACUACAGCUCUUUCCUUGACUGUCACUCAGCAAUUCGCAUCACAUUCGAGGGUGUUAAGAUUACCAAGGGGGACAAGUUGACUAUCAAGGGAACUGGAAAUGCUUUGGAGCAAGCGGCUAUAGAUUAUGUCUCCAUCCUGCCACAGGGUAUAGUAGAUUAGAAAGCGGAGAGGUAUCAAAAAAAGGAAAAUAAUUUGGAUAGUAAUGUGUUAUACGUAAAAAUGUUUCUAGUAAUAUUUUUGCAUAGGCUUAAAGACAAAAUUAUGGAAAGAUUUUCCUCA